AUGCGACCCGGUGGUAUCAAGCAGAGGGAUGUAGCUCCCGUGCAGACCUUUGCCAAAGCCGCGGCCAAGUGCUCGUCAGAGGCGCGCAUCUACGGCCAAUGCGUCACAGCCAACUACGAGAACAUCGAGCGUAACAUGUGCCAGAAGGAGUUCAUCGCCUUCAAAGCCUGCGUCCAGCAAAGGAUCCAUACAAAUGUAAUGGACGACGAGAAGCUUCGACCUUAUCAUUCAUGCUUCAUUGUGGGACGCCGGUCCGAACCUGUGGAUAAUCUCCGCGUUCCUGAACGACGCUCGCGACCCGUGAGGCUCAUGUGCAUAAAUGUUAUCAGCGAACAGCUGAGCAGCGCUUUGACUGAUGCUGGCCGAUUCAGGCGGUUGUUGGUCAUCAACUUGAGAUACGACUCGCUUAGCGCCCUGAUGCACGAACGGGCCGGUCAAGUUAUGUCCCCGACGACCGACGACGAGUGCCUCUCGCUCGUUGCCAGUCUCAGCGAGCUCGGGAAAGCGAUCGGUCAACCCCGCACUCAAGAGCUUUGA